AUCUGUCAAAGUUCUAUGGUAAACUGCAGCUUUUAGUGUACGUCGAAUCAUUUUUGGAAUUGAAUUUUAAAAUACCCGAAAAAUAAUUAUACGGACACACUCUUCAAUUAAGAUGCUAAAUUUACAGAUAUGUAACACAACUGCUUGAUCCAAAACACUGAGGAAUGGGUCCGAGCGCUGUGACAACUUCUAGUGUCAGCAGGUGGAAUGGUAUUGAAACAUCAACCACAAAUCAGCCCAUUUGAGCUGAAAUGAACAAUUAUUUUGGAUGGGUCGGGACUUCACCUCUGAAAGUUAAGAUAUGAGAUGCAUAUAUCCGAAUCUCGAGAGUCCCCAAAUACCAUCUUGACAAAAUGUGCCAAAAUGAACGAAAACAGUCACAAAAAACUUGGUAUCAAUGGCAAUUCUGACGGAACUGUCGCUAAAAUUAAGGAGGAAAAUCCAAAGAACUAUUAUGUGCCCCCUACGUCGGGUGGUCGUCUCAAAUUCUUCAAAGAUGGAAAGUUCAUUCUUGAGUUGGAAAGGGCUAAAGAAGGAGAGAGAGUAUCUUGGGUUUCUGUGCCUAGAAAGACGUUUUGGCCACCUCAAGGUGUUGCUACAACUGUCACUUGCAAGCAGGAAGGAAGUACUUCUUUGAGCAUUUCAGAUGAUAAUAGCUCCAUUCAGUCAUCCCCAUGGCAGAGAGAUCACUUCUGGAAACAGACAAAUCCUCGUCGAGACCUAUCCAAGGGGAUGUGCUUCUUCUUCUGGCGUUCCAAAAAUGCUCGUCUUUCCUGCAGGAGCAGCAAGACUAGACGUCCGUACUCCUCAGUGAUAGAGGCUCCGAAAAGUGCUUCUGGUGAUCAAAAGACAGAAACGAAAAAGUGCAAUAAGUUUAAAAACUCUAGUAAGAAACGUAGGUCUCUACUUGUGAUUGUUCAAGAUCUGAUCGACAAAAAUGUGUCCAAGAGCCCCAUCAGGAUGGAGACCGUGGUCUCGCCACGGAAGAGGUUUCUUAGGGAAAUGGAGAAAGAUAAGAAUAACUCUGAGGAUUCCAAUUUGAAGAGGAGCAAGAAUAAAACGACAAGUAAUCAGGCGAGCGUGUGCGCGGCGAUGGGCGGGGCUAGCCCCCUCAGAAUGAACGGUCACUCGGAUGACAAACCUGUCGCCUCCGUGGCGCCAUCUACCGUCGGUAAGAAUUGUAGUUACAGCAUCACGUCUCUGUUGUCCGACGACCGCGUCCCAGUGAAACGUUCACCCAGUAACUCGCCUAGUCAUUUCGUGCCAGUCACCACCACCGCCUCCCAGAUGAACUACAAUAUGGCCGCGGUCAAGUCCGAGGACCUUUGGUAUUCCGAGAGCGUGGAGAGGUUCAGGUCUAUCGAGCUUUCGCAUCCGGACAAAAAUUCCUUCCAUUCCUUCCCUCAUCCUUCCUACAUACCGCCCUUCAUGUAUCCUUAUUCUUUCCCGACAUGUUACGGCUAUAAUAGGGGGUUUCCCCCCAUGCCACAGCCCAUGUACCAUCAUCCUCCCGCUCAUCAUUUACCAAUGCCCAUGAUGAGGCAGGAGGCGCCUUCGUGUUCCUGGAAAACGGAAAGGAUGGAUGAAGGGGAUAUAAAGAAAGAGGACAAUUUAUCAGAUAUGCCACUAAACCUGUCCAAGCAUGCUGGUUGAAACUACUCAGUAGUGCCUUUUCCAUGGUGUAUAUUUUAUUCGAUUUCAAGAUAAUUUUACGAAAACAUUGUAUCUAUCGAUUUAUUGUUAGGUUUUAUUUUACGAUUAGGCGUAUUAUUUAUUCAGAAUUGAUAAGAAAGACCUUUUUCCGAGACAGCUUCAUCAUCCAGAUAUUUGGAGAACAAAGAUAGCUUUAAAAUCUUUUAGUUUCUUUUUAAUAUUAUUCGGUGCAAUUUAGUGUUGCCAAGCAACUGAUUGUAUUUAUGUAUCAUGUACAGAAUUUGAUAAAAGAUAUCUUAGGAUUUGUAAAAAUAAUCGAGUCGAAAGUUGAGUUGGUGUAAAGAUUUACUUUCGAUUAAUUCUUUAAAUUUUUAAGUUUCCCUUAUUGAAAUCGAGAUAUAUUUUUAUCUCAUUCUGCAACUUCAACUAGAUCUCGAAGUUUCAAAUGACUGGACCCUUUUUUCACUUGAGUUUUCGUCCAGAAUGAGUUCCAAAAUGAAAAAAAAAAUUCCAAGCUCUCUAGAAAAAAUUGGACGUCGCUUCGUUUCCAUACUUGUGGCGUUUAAAAAUUAAGAAUACCAGCAAUGUCCUUUUACAUAUUCCAGUUCUUCAACAAGAGUCUAAGCAGUAUUCGAAGCUCAAUUUUGUAUAUUUUUUCAAAUGGGCGUUGAAUCAUAGAAAUUUCUUGGGCAAUCCUGUAUAUUGGUGGGUGCCUUUAUGCUAAAUAAUUUUAGUAGGAGAGAAUUUCUAGCAGAUGGUUGUAUUUAUUGAACAAAUAUGAUAUUUCUCACAUAUUUAGAUUUUUAUAGAGAUGUUAUUUUAUCGUUAUUUAUUGUAGAAAUUGUGAAAAAUCUAAGGGAGACUAUCAGUUUCGGAUAAAAUCACAAUAUUUUAUAGGCAUUUAUUUCAUAUUAUUUUUAAUUUAUUUCUUCGAAUUAUAAUGUUCCUUCCAAUUCUGUAAGGUAUAUACAUCAGUAUGAUAUGUAAAAUUUCUUGUAAAUAUAUUCACAUAUCAUUACUUUGUCAAAAUAUGAACUGUAUAAACUCCUAUAUUUUUGUAUCACAAAUAAAUCUUCUUUUGUAACUGACAAA